AUGGCCGAACUCUGCACCCAGGAUCGUCCCGCAACCGUCCCGCCGCUCUUCUGUACAGCACAGGUGCCACGUAGCAGCGACGCAGGCAACAAAAAGCACCCUGGAUUCCUCGCCCCGAAGCAACCGCUCAUCCCGCCAGCAUCGCUCCUCGACUGCAUCUCAGACAAGUCCAGAGUCAUCACGGUCUCAGAACCGCCACCACCGUUCUCGUCAGCACGACCAGUCAGCUUCUUCUCCGCGCCAAGCGCGUUCUCGCACACCCAACACAGCUGCCCGUCGCGUGCCUGA